AUGACUGGGGCUGACGCUAUAAAUGGGGUCUGUCCGGGGGCCAGCUGCAGCUCAGUCGUCAGCAUGUGGCGAUUGCUAUUCGUUUCGGCUCUGCUGCUGGUGUAUACCGCACUGGGCAUACGCGUGAAUUGCCGUCACAUGGAGCGCAUACACGAGGAUCACAUACACUACUGCUGCAAGCAUCCGGAUGGUCACAAUGACAUCAGCGAGCUCUGCGCCCAGCAGACUAACUUCAAGCUGCCCUCGAAGACGGAGGAGGCCAUGGAGGACAACACUGUGGACGCUGUCAUGACCGGCAAUUGCUGGGCCAAGUGUGUCUUCGAUCACUAUAAGUUCAUAGUGAACGACACCCUGGACAUGCUGGCUGUGAGGAGUCACUAUAAGACCGUGCACCGAUUGGAUCCGGAGUACGAGACUGAAAUGUUGGCGGCUUUUGAAGAAUGCCACUCGAAAUCUGAGGAAGCAAUGGCCAUAUUUCUAUCGAUGCCCAUUGUGCGCGCCUUCAGCAGUGCCAACAGCUGUAAGCCCCUGUCGAGCGUCAUCUUAUCCUGCGUGAUUCAGCGCUUCUUCCAUAAUUGUCCCAGAAGUCGUUGGUCCAACACCACGGAAUGUGUCGAGACUUUGGCGUUCUCCAAGCGUUGCAAGGAUGUCCUGACCACCAUGUGA